UAUUGAACUGCUUUUUUCUCGCUCUACUUCACGCUACUUUUGUUUCAAGCUCUCUCUCUCUCUCUCUCUCUCUCUCUCUCUCUCUCUGUGCGCUCUGCAUCUCCAGUACCGAUGUUUGUGUGUUUCGCGGUGCACGGAGUGAAAAGAUGCAGAGCUGCUGCCAAUGGGGACCUAUUUCUAUUACUGCUACUCAUCUCAGCUGUUUUUGUGAUCACUUCCGCUGCUUGCUCCAAUGGCAAUUGCCAGCUGUUAGACUCAUGUUCGACGAGCACCGACUGUGUACCUGGUCUCUACUGUGGCAACUGCGCAGAAAUGGGUAAGAAUCAGCCCUUCUGCACCAGAGGCCAAGCUAUCAUACCUACUUCCGUUAUCUACGGGUUACCCUUCAACAAGUAUUCGUGGCUUGUAACCCACAAUUCGUUUUCGAUUGUUGAUUCUCCAUCAUUGACGGGUGCUCAGAGAAUUACAUUUUACAAUCAAGAAGACACUGUCACUAACCAAUUGGGAAAUGGAGUGAGAGGAUUGAUGCUGGAUAUGUACGACUUUGAGAAUGAUAUCUGGCUGUGCCAUUCAUUUCGUGGGGAAUGUUACAACUUCACCGCCUUUCAACCUGCAAUCAAUACAUUGAAGGAAGUAGAAGCGUUCUUGAGUGAGAACCCAUCAGAAAUUAUUACCAUUAUAAUCGAGGACUAUGUGCAUAGCCCAAAAGGGUUGACAAAUAUGUUCACGAAUGCCGGCUUGGACAAAUAUUGGUUUCCAGUCUCCAAGAUGCCAAAAAAGGGUGAGGAUUGGCCAACCAUUGCCAAUAUGAUCCGAGAGAAUCACCGGUUACUGGUUUUCACUUCUGACUCUUCAAAAGAAGCAGAUGAAGGAAUUGCUUAUCAGUGGAGGUACAUGGUGGAAAACCAGCCUGGAGAUGGUGGGGUGCAAGCAGGCUCGUGCUCAAACAGAAAGGAAUCAAAGCCCCUCAAUUCAAAGAGUGCGUCUCUUUUUCUACAGAAUUAUUUCCCAACUAUUCCAGUUCAAAAUGAAGCUUGCAAAGAGAAUUCAGCUCCACUUGCUGAUAUGAUUGGCACCUGUUACAAAGCGGCAGGCAAUGUGGUGCCCAACUUUUUGGCAGUAAACUUCUACAUGAGGAGUGAUGGAGGAGGUGUUUUUGAUGUUUUGGAUAGAAUGAAUGGCCAGACAUUGUGUGGGUGUAAUACGAUUACUGCCUGCCAGGCAGGAGCAUCAUUUGGAGUUUGCAAGAACAUUACUGUUCCUAAUACGACUCCAGCAACAAAUACGGCAGGAAGUUUUUCUGGAUCCGUGCAGUUUACAGGAUCUGCUUCAGAAGUCCCUUUUCCGAGUCUCUUUGUUCUCUGCUUUUGUCAAAUUUUGUUCAAGUUGUUUCUAAAUAUCUGAAAUAGAUUCAUAUCAGUGCAUAGUUAGGCAGUUACAUCAAUUACCUCCUACCUCCUACCUCCUAGGGAGUGGGUUCUUGUAUGUUAGCACGUAAAUUUUUGAGUCAGAAUAGGUAUACUGUGUGCUCCUUUUAGGGAAUGAAAGGUGAAGGAAUGAUAUAUUGAUUUAUGAGAUUUAAUUGAGCAAGAAGAAACAUGAAAAGUUACUCUAUUGAGGCAAAAACUUAGGAUAUGUGCAGGAAGUUGAGAUUGUGAGUGGCAUAGAGACACUGAAGAAAUAUCAACACAUCGUUCAGGUUUUCCAAUUGAGCGGUUGAGACGCAGUAGUGGCAAAUAUAUAUGUAGAUGCGCUGUGCUGCAAUUAUGAGUGCUCUGGUUUUCUAUUGAAGGCUGUAUUUUGACAUUCUAUAUCAUUUCAGGUUUGCUUUCUUUCUCAAAUUUGGGUUUCAUUUUCCGUUCCUUAGUUUUAGCCCUAUUGUGGAAGCUGUCGUUGUAGUGGUCAUUUUGUCACUUUUACUUCUAAGCUAACGAAACAGGUCUCCCCAAAUGCUUUACAUAAUUUUCCGUAGUAAAC